UUUGUUUUCACGUGUCGAAUAGAUAAGAAACGAUCGAUCUGUGGGAAAUGUUACACGUAUUGGGAUUAAUCUUGGGUGAGAAGUUAAGUACGUAUGUAUCAUCGGUGUUCUUUACUCGAUAUAAUCAAGGAUAAAAAAGGAGCCUAAGCUCGAAGAAGUCUAAUCUAAGAAGAAGAGAAGAAUGAUAGUUCUUUGGCUAUUGGUGUCUCGUCGAUUAAUAGUUCCAAUCAUACGGAGAAAUUGGUGUUGAAGUCUCCUGAGAAGCCUGGGCUAACCCGCUCGCAAAGCUUCCAUUCUUCAGGCUGUUGGCUUUCCAAGAAUGCCGCGGCCGUCGCGCGAUACUUACGGAGAUCAAAAGCCACCGUUCUCUUACAUAUCGCUCACGGCAAUGGCGAUAUGGUCUUCUCGAGAUAAAAUGUUACCACUCGCUGAAAUUUAUAAAUUUAUCGCCGAUCGAUUUCCAUAUUAUCGUAAGGACACGCGCCGAUGGCAGAACUCACUCAGGCACAAUCUUUCCUUCAACGAUUGCUUCAUCAAGGUACCACGUGGACCCCACAGACCAGGCAAAGGUGCCUAUUGGGCCCUCCAUCCAGGUGCUCUGUCGAUGUUCGAAAACGGCUCGCUUCUUCGUCGUCGGAAACGUUUUAAACUUCACAAGCCUGACAAGGAAUUGUUAAAAUCGGAACUCCAAGCGUUAGCUUCGGCGAUGCCACCACCGUGUUCGGAUCAAUCGCCAGUAAAUAAUGUCAAUACCAGUCCAACGAGCAGUGCAACAGGGACAGGCAUAAACGUAGCGAGUUUGCAUCGAUUGAGAGACGAUCUGUUACGUUGGGAAAUGGAAGAAAGACGAAUGAUGAUAACUUCGGCUAGUUCCGGAACAAACGCGGCUUUCCCGAACGGCUCGAGUCCAAGUCCAAGUGGAUUCGAAACUAACAAUGAAGCUGUUGCCGGAUAUUACCUCUUGUCACCGGAAGUUAGACAAAGAUUGACCAGUACCGAGGGUAGCAACGAGAUUCUAAGGACAUACGAAGCUGCCCUGCUUCAGUCGGGUACUUGGAAUUUCUCUACGUUCCCUGUCUCACCUUACGUGUCCCAAUUGUCUUAUCUUCAACAAACCACGGGACAGCUUCAACCAUCCAACACCGAGUCCCCGGAUACUCGUCGACUUUGUACUCGUUCAUCUUUACCUGGACUCGAUGUCAGAGAGAGCAAUGAACGUUUCUUGAGUGAAAAUAACAAUCUCUACGAAUUGGGUUACCGCGAUAAUGUUAACGAGGACGAAUCCUUGUCGUCUUCGUCAAGGAUCAGUGCGAUCUACGGUAGCAUCAUCACGGCACCACCUUCACCAACUUCAUCUAUGUCACCUGGCUCACCUAUUUCUAAGAGCUAUCGACCUAAUAAUAAUCGAUCCUCGCCUGUACUUAGCAUAACUACCGACCCAAUCACCAAUUUAACAACGGAUCGUGUCACGUCUCAGACAUCCUCACCGAAUAAUCGAGAUCCUAUCGUUAAUCUAACUUCAACCAUCAAUAAUACCAGUUUAUCGUCUUCGCUGGGUAUUGGAAAGAAAACGAAGAAACCUUUCACAAUCGAGAAUAUCAUCGCACCUGACGAAAAUGAAUUGGCCGAACCGAAAACUGUGUCACUCGAUUCGACAACAAAGAAGUCACCGCUUUUAGCACCCAGACCACUUUAUGCCGCUGGUUAUCCUUUACCUGUCGCUAGUUCGGCUAUUCAAAGACAUUCCUAUGGAACUGCGACUUAAAUAACAUGAAACGAUAACAAUGAUGAGACGAUAAUGGGGGAAAUAUAUUUCGCUUUAAACGAUAGACAUCUAAUAAGCGACGAUCUAUUAAAAGGGAAGAGUCUUCAAAACUGUCAAAACUAAUUGAUUCCUGUUCUAAAUCAUCGUUCUGUAUUGCUUACAUUAUUGUGGAUGAAUACAGUGAUCGUUCUGGUGAUCCUUCUGAGAGGCCAUUUUGGUGAACAUCGAACCUUCUCCAGAAUAAAACGAAGAAAGAUUUUUAUUGUCGAUACGUUCUAUCAACGAUAAGAAAAGUGUUUUUUUUUUUUCGGGAAAUAAAAAAUUGACGAUUGAAAAGACAUAAUCAAUACGAGACAAAAGAAAUACUUCUUUCCUUUUUUAGUGUAACUGAAAGGUGUUGUUCAAAGACUUUUCUCUCUCUCUCUCUCUUUCUCUCUCUCUCUCUCUCUCUCUCUUUUCUCUCUCUUUUUCUUUCUCUCUUUCUCUCUUCGGCAAUCGUGUACUACAGAUUAAGAAGACUCCUAUUAAUUUCUUUAAUUGUAUCCUCUAAUGUGAUAAAUGUCAACAGCGAAAAUCUAUUUAUUCUGAAUUACAAAGUUAUAUACGUAUAUAAUGUAUGUAUGUUUAAGAACGAAGAAGCUUCGUAAAAAGAUUAGAAUUAAUUACCUUCUCGUUUAACGAAGGUAUGAAAAAAUGAUCGUUAUGUAUAUCUAUUAAUUUAUUUGUUUUAUUUUUAAAAAUUAAUUUACGACGAUUCUUAUUUGAUCUUUUGCUUAUGAGUAAAAGCUUUAUAUACAUGAUUUUUUUCAUGAAGAAAAAGUAUGAUAAAUUAUGUGAAUAAAAUGAAGUUAGAAUCAAUGACUAUCUAAUAAAAAGGAAAGUAAUAAAAAGAAUAAAUGAAACAGGAAGAUUAGAAAAUAUAGUCGCAAUAAAGAUGGCAGACAUCCGAUUUACAGCGUAAAGUUGAAAAGUUUAUUUCGAGAUUAGGGAGAAAAAGAACUUGAAGACACUAUAGUAAACAAUAUUUACUAUGGUAUAAAUGAGUAAUUGUAUUAGUUAAAGUGUAAAGAUACUUUCUCUCUUUAUUUCUUUCUCAUAAUCGUUCUCGUCGAAGAGAAGGAAGGAAGAAUAGUAAAGAGGGAGAAAUAAAAAAUAAAUAAAUAAAUAAAUAAAUAAAUAAAUAAAUAAAAAACUAUUCCGAUUCUUCUUCGUAAAAACGCAAUUACUCUGAUUAUUCUAUUAAUAUUCUCCGGAAGAAUGUAUUUGUAAAUGUAGAGGAUGAGAAAUGAGUGGUGAAAUAAAUUAUUGUAUAUAUAUGUAACCA